AUGUCCGACAGCGAAGACAGCGACGCCAGUGACUGGCAGGAAGUCCGCCACUACUCCGACCAUCUGGGACAUCCCGUGGUGCUGGAACAAUAUGUCGAGCCUGAUAACCUCCCGGACCCCGACCACAUCAUCCCCAUCCAGGUCUACAGUCUUGUCCCGCUGGAUGCAGACCAUGAAGUCCUGCGGCAGUAUCUUUUGCAGACUUUUUAUACCGAAGAAGUUCUGCCAUUAUUUGAAAUCUACUCGUAUUGCCCGCCGGAUGCCUUUGCCUGCAUUGAGCACAACCGCCGUGAAAUCGCCCAUCGCAAGCAGCAACACCGGUUGGGCGCUUCUGACCCGCCGCUGCUGAUCCCCCAGUUCUAUGGCCAUUACCACCGAGCCCCUGCUGGCCGCUGUAUUCUCCUGCGGUCCCACAGCUAUCGUCUCGGCGAUACUAACGACGAGGACCGGCUGGCAGAGACUGGUGAAGGCCCGGACUUGCUCUUCUUCAACCGCUCCUUCUCCACCACUCGCAGCCACGUUGACGAUGGCCAGCGUGUGUUUUCGGAGCGCCGUAGACCUGGUGACGAGCUCUAUCUGGAAGCAUUUGAGCUGUCUAUAGAGCGCGUCCGCGACCAGACUAGGACGGGCCAGAUAAUAAUGACCGACAUCGUCAGCAAUGCCAGUGGCUUUGUUGGGGGCUCGCUCAAAUACGCCAUGGAUGUAGACGAGGGCGCACCUCCCGACUCAACCCCGGCCCCGGAGCAACAUAUCCGUCACCAGUUGGACCAGCAGUUCACAGCGGGGGGCUUUGCGCUUGACCCAGCAUUCCUUAUUUCCCAGAAUGCCGGCGGGGUGACUGUCACCAAUACCCCUGACGGGGCUGAGCCUGACCUACAGUACCCCGUAUACGUGCCUUUUCUCUCCCAUCUCCGUGGCCCUGCGGCAAUAUCUCUCCUCGAAAGCACUUCUCGUCUCCUGACCGCAGCACUGGUGUCCCACUUCCCAGCCCAGAAAACGCUCACCCUUAAAUUCUAUAUCCCAGAAACAAACAACUGGGCCGCUAUCCUCCCCGCCCACCGUAACGCCCUGGGCCAGGAAACCACCAACGACUUCCCCAUUGGUGCCCUCCACACCUUUCCCCCGAAUAAUAAUGAAACCCCCGUGACUCAUCGCGUCUCGCCGCAGUUGCGCCCAGACGCACUCAACACCGCCCAGAGACAGCUCGCGCAUCCGUACCGCGUCUUUGCGGUUGUGCUUGAUAGAGCGAACUUCGUCACCGAAGCGGGCGUCUAUUUUUACAUGGCUGACCCCGACACGAGCCAGAGGGAUCCUGCUAUAAGCGGUCCAGAUACUGAGGUCUGGCGCAGCGCUGGGAUGCGCGAGGUGACGCGGCGAUUGGCGAUGCUGGCUGUUGAGGAGGCGCAAUCGCAUUAG